GUCCCUGUGGGAGCUGGUGCUGGAGCAGUUUGAAGAUCUCCUCGUCCGCAUCCUUCUGGUGGCAGCUUUCCUCUCGUUUAUUCUGGCAUGGUUCGAGGAAGGCGAGGAGACCACGACGGCAUUCGUGGAGCCCGUUGUCAUCAUCAUGAUCCUGAUAGCCAACGCCGUGGUGGGUGUCUGGCAGGAGAGAAACGCCGAGAGCGCCAUCGAAGCCUUGAAAGAAUACGAGCCGGAGAUGGGAAAGGUGAUCCGUGCCGACAGGAGCGGCGUGCAGAGGAUUCGCGCCCGCGAUAUCGUUCCCGGGGACAUCGUGGAGGUGGCAGUUGGCGACAAGGUGCCAGCCGACAUCCGGAUCAUCGAAAUCAGGUCCACGACGCUGCGGGUUGACCAGUCCAUCCUCACAGGGGAGUCUGUGUCGGUGAUCAAACAUACUGACCCCAUCCCUGACCCCCGAGCUGUCAACCAGGACAAGAAGAACAUGCUCUUCUCUGGUACCAACAUCGCAGCGGGGAAGGCUGUUGGUGUUGUCAUUGCCACCGGGGUAUACACAGAGAUCGGGAAGAUCAGAAACCAGAUGGUUGAAACGGAGCCUGAGAAGACCCCCUUGCAGCAGAAGCUGGAUGAGUUCAGCCAGCAGCUCUCCAAGGUCAUUUUCCUGGUCUGCAUAGCUGUGUGGGUCAUCAACAUCAGCCACUUCAGCGACCCCGUCCACGGCGGCUCCUGGUUUCGGGGCGCCAUCUACUACUUCAAGAUUUCGGUGGCCCUGGCGGUGGCUGCCAUUCCGGAGGGCCUCCCUGCCGUCAUCACAACAUGCCUGGCCCUGGGCACGCGCCGCAUGGCCAAGAAGAACGCGAUCGUGAGGAGCCUGCCGUCCGUGGAGACCCUGGGCUGCACCUCCGUCAUCUGCUCCGACAAGACGGGCACCCUCACCACCAACCAGAUGUCUGUGUGCCGGAUGUUCAUUAUGGAGAAGGUGAAGGGCUCCGAGUGCAGCCUGCACGAGUUCAGCAUCACGGGCUCCACCUAUGCUCCCGAGGGACAGAUCCUCAAGGACGAGAAGCGCGUGGAGUGCGGGCAGUACGACGGGCUGGUGGAACUGGCCACCAUCUGCGCCCUCUGCAACGACUCCUCGCUGGAUUACAAUGAGUCAAAAAAAGUCUACGAGAAGGUAGGAGAAGCCACAGAGACGGCCCUGACGUGCCUGGUGGAGAAGAUGAACGUCUUCAACACAGACACCAGCAAGCUCUCCAAGGUGGAGCGAGCCAACGCCUGCAACACAGUGAUCAAGCAGCUGAUGAAGAAGGAGUGCACCCUGGAAUUCUCCCGUGACCGCAAGUCCAUGUCCGUGUACUGCACCCCCGUCAACACCAGCCACAAUUCUGCUGGCCCGAAGAUGUUCGUCAAGGGUGCCCCGGAAAGCGUGAUCGAGCGCUGCAGCUACGUGCGCGUGGGCACGGCCAGGGUCCCGCUGGCCGCCUCCGUCCGGGAGAAGAUCAUGUCCCGGGUCCGCGACUGGGGCAUGGGCAUGGACACGCUGCGCUGCCUGGCCCUGGCCACCAAUGACAACCCUGUCCGGAAGGAGUCCAUGGAGCUGGAUGACUCCACCAAGUUCGUCUGCUACGAGGACAGCCUGACCUUUGUGGGUUGCGUGGGGAUGCUGGAUCCCCCCCGCAAGGAGGUGACCUCAUCCAUCGAGAUGUGUCGCAAAGCCGGCAUCCGCGUCAUCAUGAUCACAGGGGACAACAAGGGCACGGCCGUGGCUAUCUGCCGGAGGAUCGGGAUCUUCUCGGAGAGCGAGGACGUGACAGACAAGGCCUACACGGGCCGGGAGUUCGACGACCUCUCCCCGGAGGCGCAGCGGCAGGCCUGCCGCUCAGCCCGCUGCUUCGCCCGUGUCGAGCCCGCGCACAAGUCCAAGAUUGUCGAGUACCUCCAGUCCUUCAACGAGAUCACGGCGAUGACCGGCGACGGCGUGAAUGACGCGCCUGCCCUCAAGAAGGCCGAGAUCGGCAUCGCCAUGGGCUCCGGCACCGCCGUGGCCAAGUCAGCGGCCGAGAUGGUGCUCUCCGAUGACAACUUCUCCACCAUCGUGUCUGCUGUUGAGGAGGGCAGAGCCAUUUACAACAACAUGAAGCAGUUCAUCCGCUAUCUCAUCUCCUCAAACGUUGGAGAGGUGGUUUGCAUCUUCCUGACGGCGAUACUGGGCUUGCCCGAGGCCCUCAUCCCCGUGCAGCUGCUGUGGGUCAACCUGGUGACGGAUGGGCUGCCGGCCACCGCGCUGGGCUUCAACCCUCCCGACCUCGACAUCAUGGACAAGCUGCCCCGCAACCCCAAGGAGCCUCUCAUCAGCGGCUGGCUCUUCUUCCGCUAUCUGGCCAUCGGAGUGUAUGUUGGCCUGGCAACGGUGGGGGCAGCAACCUGGUGGUUCUUGUAUGAUGCUGAAGGGCCACAAGUCUCCUUUUAUCAGCUGAGGAACUUCAUGAGAUGCACAGAGGACAACCCAAUCUUUGAAGGAAUCGACUGUGAAAUCUUCGAGUCUCGAUACCCAACCACUAUGGCUCUGUCUGUGCUGGUGACAAUCGAAAUGUGCAACGCUCUGAACAGUGUGUCUGAGAACCAGUCGCUGCUACGGAUGCCCCCGUGGCUCAACAUCUGGCUGCUGGGGGCAAUUGUCAUGUCCAUGGCCCUGCACUUCCUCAUUCUCUACGUCAAGCCCAUGCCUCUCAUCUUCCAAGUAACCCCCCUGAGCUGGCCACAGUGGGUGGUUGUACUGAAAAUUUCCCUGCCUGUUAUCCUGCUCGAUGAAGGACUCAAGUACCUUUCCCGCAACCACUUAGACGGAAUUCUGAGGACAGUAAGAAACACGUGGAGUGGGGAGCACCGGUUGAAAACCUGCAGGACUCCAGAGCAAACAGGGAGAAGAGGACAAGAAAUGAAUGACACAAAGGAAACUCUCCUAAAUAAAGGAAGCCUAACUUGUAACUCGGACUGAAGUCUUGCAUGUUGACCAUCACUAGAAGCCAGCAGGACAUGCAUGUGUCCGACUAUCCGGCAAAUGCGGGUGAAUUGUUGAAAAGAGAAAUACUGAUUUUGUUUUGUUUCGUAGCUUUUUUUUUUUUCCUGUACAUAACAGUGCAAUUACUGGACAGCUGAAGUAUGGUUUGGGAAUGGACCUAUAUGUAACUGAAUCAUUGUAACCCUGUUCCUCGGGUAUUUAUUCCUGCAAAAUGUUAGACCCUUUUUAAAAUU